AUGGCUUCCAGCUUCCUUCCUUUCCUCCUCCUCCUCCUCCUCUCGUUCUCCCUAAUCUCCGCCGCCAAUCCCGUUCCUAAAGCCACAAUCUUCCGGCAACAGCUCACCUCCGAUCCCACCGCCACUAACGACAUCCCACCCACCACUUUCUUUGAAGUAACGAAACCAAUCCAACUCCCAAACACAAAACCCUGCUCAACCCUUCUUCUACAACAUGAUUUCGGAUACACCUACGGCAGUCCACCAGUCUCCGCCCAAUAUACCCCGCCGUCAAAUUGCCCAUCAACCGAUUUUGCAAAAAUUGUUCUCGAAUGGACAGCUACAUGUAAAGGUCGUCAAUUCGAUCGGAUUUUUGGGGUUUGGCUCGGCGGCGUUGAGCUGCUCAGAAGCUGCACAGCUGAACCUAGAGCCACCGGGAUUGUUUGGACUGUGAAGAAGGACAUUACUAGGUAUUAUUCAUUGCUUAUGUCCAAUCAAACACAAACACUCGAUGUUUAUUUGGGAAAUAUUGUUGAUAGUACUUACACCGGUAUAUACCAUGUGAAUGUUAGUAUUCAUUAUUAUCCCUUCGAGAAGAAACCUGUUAAUUCGAAUCAUGCCCAUAACGAAUGGGCUGAUUUGAUUAUACCCAUUUCAAGAAACUUACCAGGGAACGAUGGAUUAUGGUUCGAAAUCCAGAAUUCAACUGAUGUAAAGUCAAAACAGUUUGCGAUUCCCCAAAAUGCAUAUCGAGCUGUUCUUGAAGUGUAUGUCUCAUUUCAUGAAAACGAUGAGUUUUGGCCUACAAAUCUCCCUAACGACUAUAUUUCAGCUAAUAAUUUAUCUGGGUAUCCUGGUGAUGGACCUUUUAGAGAGGUUAUUGUAAGUUUAGAUGGAAAAAUAGUUGGCGCAGUUUGGCCUUUCACUGUAGUUUUCACAGGAGGUAUUAAUCCAUUAUUAUGGAGACCAAUAACUGCGAUUGGAUCAUUCGAUCUCCCUUCAUAUGAUAUUGAAAUCACUCCGUUUCUUGGAGCACUUUUAAAUGGAAAACUCCAUGAUUUCGGUUUUGGUGUCACAAAUGCUUUGAAUGUUUGGUAUAUUGAUGCAAAUUUACAUGUAUGGUUGGAUGCAAAGAGUGAGAAGACAAAAGGGAUGUUUUUGAAUCAAAAAAUCUCUCCACUUCAUGAAUCUUUGGUGUCCAAUUUCACGGGUCUUAAUGGGACAUUCCUUACUAGUGUCCAAAGGUCAAUAAAGUCAAACGGAUGGGUAGAAUCGUCAUUUGGGAAAAUAGUAACCGAGUCAACUCAAGAUUUCAAUUACACUAACAUCAUGGUGAUGUCGAAAAAUGGGGAUUUACAAAUUGUGAACCAAAUAAUCGAGUUUAAUGACAGUGUCGAUUUCAAGAUUCCAUCUUUUGUUCAUAACACAAAAUCUUUAAAAUCUUUUUCUUUUUAUAUAUACUCGGAUACAGUGGACAAAGGAGGCAAAAGCUAUGAGGAGGUGGCGAAUGUUACUUUGGGUUUCAAUGAGAAAAAGAUCGAUAAUUUUGGUUCUAAAUCUUCAUCAAGUGUUCUUGAAAACAUACAAAAUGGUCACGGCUCGAUGUUUGUGAAAGGGAAUUUAGUUGUUAGUGGUUUGGGGAGUACACAAGAGAUGUAUAAUUAUAGUGAUGAUAAAUUCUGCUAUUUUAGGGACAUAAGUAGCUCAAAUUACACAAUUAUUUAUGAUAAAGAGGGAGAUACAUGCACUAAAUCGAAAAAAUCAAGAUCCAAAUUUUCAACGGGUAAAAGUUUGCAUUUUCCUGCUUGA